AUGUUUGGAGCGCUGAACAGAUUCAUCGGACUGGACACGGAGCCCGUCCAGCACCCGCGGACUCCCACCGGAGACAACGCAUUUGGCUUCCAGGUCCUCCGCAACAAAGACCCUGAGCUACCUCUCGAGCCCUGGUUUGAUUUUAUUGUUGGAAUCAACGGCCAUCCUAUUGAGGAUCCCGACCCGAACCUCUUCGCAACCGAAGUGCGCAACUGCGCAGGGGCAAGCGUCACAUUCGAGAUCUGGAGUGCAAAGGGCCAAAAAACACACACUGUCUCCAUACCGGUAAACCCCUCGGAUCCCACCCUCGGUGUCGCCUUACAACUAGCCCCCCUUUCCUCGACACAACAUAUCUGGCAUGUGCUGUCCAUUCCAUCCCCACUGAGCCCAGCCUACCGCGCUGGGCUCCUUCCGCACUCAGACUACAUUAUCGGGACGCCCAGUGGGACAUUACGAGGCGAUGCGGCGCUGGGAGAGUUGGUGGAAGACCAUCUGAACCGGACACUGGUGCUCUGGGUAUACAACAGCGAAUUCGACGUGGUAAGAGAGGUGGAGCUGGUCCCGACUCGGGGCUGGGGCGGCGAAGGCGCGCUCGGCGCAGAACUAGGCUACGGGGCCCUGCACCGGUUGCCUGUCGGGCUAGGCGAGGAGGUCGAGGGCCCGGGCGAGGUCGUCUUCGAGACGAGGGAGGACGGCACCUCUGCGCCAAUGAUGCAUGCCCCAGAUGCUAGCCAGACAGCAGACGCCAGCGCGGGAAGCUUCCUGGUACCAGCGAACAUGGCCUCGCCGCCGCCGUUAUCUGCUCCCAACAGGGCCUUGUCGUCGGCGUCGCCUUCGAAUAGUCGGUCCCCUGCAGCGCGGCGAGGCGGCCGAACACGUCAUAUGGGCGUCUCGCCCAGCCUGGCGUUCGAUGAGUACUUUGCUGAGGGAGAGCAGAAGAGCAAGGAGCAGGAUUAUAUCCCGUCGCGGAAAGGGACUCCCUUACCUCCGCCGCCCAAGGCCGGAGUCGCGUCGCCUCCUGUUGGUAGUCCGGCGCCGGCCGAGGAUCAAGAGGGUUAG